UUAGAUUUUAUGAGCUGCAGGCAGCGUGUUUGGGGCCAUUUUUUCCCUGAGAUUUCAUGUGUAGUGAUUUUAAUGAUGCCAUGGGCAACUGCAGAGCGUUAUUGUUCACUCGCAGCUGAGCGUAAUUUGCCGGAGUAUUGAACCGUGGGAACUCAUCGUUGCAUGAAACUGCAUCUAUCACAGCUGUGUGAUUUUGUACGAUUUGCAAUAUGGCUGGUGAUAAUUUAUCUCGAAGAUGGACUCUUCCCGGGCGAUAAACUCUAUUAACAAACAGGACAACUUAUCUGGGUCGCUUUUUGCUAAUUUUCCGUAGUUUUGAGAACAGAUUCAUCAGUCAUGGUUGGGUUUUCAUUCGCGCGCGAAGAACAGCUCUAUGCUAUGAUGGGGAAGAGUACCGAUAGUCUUAAAGAACUCGGUCCGCCGACAGAAUGGGAAUUGGUUGAAAGGAUCGGAGAAGGUACUUAUGGUGAAGUUUUCAAUGCUAGGAACAAAAUUUCAGGUGAAAUAGCUGCGGCCAAGGUUAUAGAUUCUAUCCACGAGAAAAUUGAAGAGGUUCUUCCAGAGUUGGAAAUCUUAUCAAAGUAUUCUACUCAUCCAAACAUCGCUGGAUUUCACGGCGCUUUUAUGAACGUCGAUACGAAACGCCAUGAUCAAUUAUGGCUAGUGAUGGAGCUCUGCCGCGGCGGAUCAGUGACAAACCUUGUAAAGAGCUUGAGGAAGAAAGGAAAAUAUCUUGAAGAAGACUUGAUAGCCUACAUCCUCUUUGAAACACUAAAGGGAAUUGAACAUCUUCACAGGCAUAACGUGAUGCACAGAGACAUCAAAGGCCCCAACGUGAUGCUGACAAACAGAGCUGAAAUAAGAUUAAUUGACUUUGGUGUGUCAGCAGAGUUGUCAAACAUCCUCAUGAGGCGUAAUUCAUCAGUGGGUACUCCAUUUUGGAUGGCCCCCGAAGUCAUCGCCUGUGAGCAGCAGCUUGACUACAGUUAUGAUGUCCGCUGUGACAUCUGGUCUCUUGGAAUUACAGCUAUUGAACUUGCUGAUGGAACCACACCACUCUCUGAUCAACAUCCUAUGCGAGCACUUUUUAAAAUUCCUAGGAGCAAGUCACCAUCUAUGAAAAAUCCAGAGCGGUGGUCUCAUGAAUACAGAGACUUUAUUGCAAAGUGCCUGGUUAAAGAUUUUGAGCCUAGAGCUCAUGCCAGUGACAUGUUGAGUCAUGUAUUUGUCCGAUGGGUGGCAGACAAGAGAGAUGCUCUUCGGAGAAAAUUGAUGAGUUUGAUGGAUGGACAGUAUCAAGGUAAAGACGGGAUUAUGGUGGAAGCCACUAAAGAAAGAGAUCAGGAAGCGUUACCAAGUCCCUUAGCUGCUCUAAAGAAAAAAAACCUUCAACGCAGCAAACAUAUGCAGCAGGUUGAUAACUUAGCAGAGUUGGGAAGUCUGACUGAGGACAUUAUUCUGAGCCAUCUUCUGGAAAGAUAUCUUAAUAAUCAAAUUUACACAUACAUUGGUGACAUACUCAUAGCUGUUAAUCCACUACAGACUCUCAACCUGUAUGGACCAGAACUUGCAAAAAAGUAUAGAAACUCUCAGAAGAGUGCUUUGCCACCUCAUAUUUUCAUGGUAGCUGAUAUGACACACCAGGCAAUGAUACAUAACAAGAACCCUCAGUGUUGCUUGAUCAGCGGCGAGAGUGGAGCGGGCAAAACAGUGUCGGCUGACUACCUGGUACGACAUUUAGCUGAACUAGGAAAGGCUGGAAACAGAUCACUGGAAGCGAAGAUUCUUCAGGUCAAUCCCCUCAUGGAAGCUUUGGGAAAUGCACAGACAGUGAUAAAUGAAAACUCUAGCAGAUUUGGAAAAUACUUAGAACUCCAUUUCACAGCUAAUGGAGCUCUGACUGGAGGAAUGUUAUCAGAGUACCUGUUGGAAAAAUCCAGAGUUGUUUCGCAAUCAAGAGGAGAAAGGAACUUUCACAUAUUUUACUACAUGAUCGCUGGUCUUGCUUAUAACAAGAAACUGGAGAAAUAUUCUUUCAAGCUGUAUUCGCAGCACAACUACCUCCAAACAGGAGGGCGAAACCUUCAAGACUUAGUAUGCACCCUUGGAAACAGACGCAAGUUUGAAGAGGUUCAAAGAUGUUUUGACAUCAUCGGCUUUAGUCAUGAGGAAGUGUCACAGUUGUUUUCAGUAUUGGCAGCCAUCAUUCAUCUUGGAGACAUUCACUUCACUGAAGAUGAGUCAGUUUCGCAUCUGAGCGACAAAAGUAUGGUUAGCAAUCCUCAAGUGCUACUCAUAGUUUCUUCGUUGUUGGGGAUUAAUGCAGUGGAACUCAGAGAUGCAUUGACAACAAAUAGCAAUGUAACACGAGGAGAGACUAUCGUUAGGAACAAUUCUGUUGAUCAGGCAGUGGACUAUCGCGACGGAAUGGCUAAAGCACUGUACGGCAAGCUAUUUAGUUGGCUUGUUCACCGAAUUAACGCUUUACUGAGGACAGAGAGAGGACGCCUAGUGGAAAACGAUUAUAGAAUAGGAAUACUGGAUAUAUUUGGCUUUGAAAAUUUCAAACGCAAUUCGUUUGAACAGCUGUGCAUAAAUAUUGCUAAUGAGCAGGUCCAGUUCUACUUCAACCAGCAAAUUUUCUCAUGGGAGUUGGAAGAAUAUCGCUCUGAAGGAAUAUCUCUCGAACGGAUCUCAUUCACCGACAACCGACCUGUUCUGGAUAUGUUUCUGCAGAAACCCAUCGGUCUACUCGCUCUGUUAGACGAGGAAAGUCGUUUUCCGAAAGCUACAGACUUCACGCUCGUAGAAAAAUUCAACAAGAAAAUCGACUGUGCAUAUUACGAGCAACCGAAGGAAAAUGAUGUUUUCCCUUCAUUUGUCAUUGCGCACUAUGCUGGGCGGGUGAAAUACGAUGCAACCAACUUUCUGGAAAAGAACCGUGAUACUCUGUCUCCUGACAUCAUUCAUGUGUUGAGAUCCAGCGAUAAUCGCCUCGUACGCACGCUCAUGCAGCAUCCAUUGGCCAGAUCAGGUGUAAGCGUGAAGAAAAACAGUUCUCAGCCGCCCACGUUCCAGGUGGAGAAAGACAAGAAGCCGAACGGUCUUUUGAGCUUGCCAGAAACAAAACUGAGUCCUCUGUUAGAAUCUAACACCACAUCUCGGUGGCAGCAAACAGUCUCUGUUCACUUCAGGUAUUCACUUCGGGAUUUGCUAGCCAAACUUUUGCCCUCAGAAUCACACUUUGUACGGUGUAUCAGACCAAAUGAACAGAUGAUUGCGGGCAGAUUUGACCAGGAAAAAGUUCAAUCCCAACUCAGAUACACUGGUGUAUUAGAAACCACCAGAAUUCGUCGGCAGGGAUAUUCGGAGAGAAUCACGUUCGCAGAAUUCGUCAAAAGAUACCGAGUGAUUGCCUACCCACUGCACAAGAGUGCACCUUACGAUGCUGCGGCCUGUAGUGAGAUCUUGAGAAAAAGUAAACUACAAAACUGGCUCAUUGGGCGAACUAAAGUGUUCCUUAAGUAUUAUCAUGUAGAGGAGCUUGCCAAGCUUCUGGAAAUACACAGGAGGAAGGUUGUUACUAUACAGAGAGUCGCCAGAGGGUGGUUAGUUCGAAGACGAUAUGAGUCAGUUAGGCGGCGAAGACAUCAGGCAGCAACGGUCAUUCAGAAAUAUUCGCGUGGUUACCUAGCCAGGAAACAUCAUCAACGGGAGGUGAAUAAGAAACACUUUGCAGCCUGCGUCAUCCAGAGAGCUUAUCGUCGCCUGGUUCAACGAAGGAGAUUCUCUUGGUGGCUGAAGUGGUACCAUGUUCAACAGAGAAGAAAAGUCAAAAGCGCCAUCAAAAUACAAGCAGUGGUGCGUGGCUAUCUAGCGAGGAAAUGCUAUCUGCGCCUGCGUCGACUCAGAAUCGAAAGUGCCAUCAAAAUCCAAGCAGUGUAUCGAGGGCGCCUGCUAAGAAAAAAUUACGCAAACAUUAGAAGGAAACAGAAAGUGCUCAAAUUCCGACAUAUGGCUAAGGUUAGAGCAGUGGUUCGAAUUCAGUCAGCGUUUCGUGGUUACAGAGCCCGCAAGUACGUUUCCGAGCUCAAAUCCAAAGCAGAAAAAAGGGAAACAAACAUGAUUUACUUCUUUCAACAAGUCGAAGAUUCGUCAGACACAUUUUUCAGAGCCCAGAAGGGUCAUAAAAGAGCGAAUGUCAAGAUGGACCGUGUUGUAAUCAAAGAAGGAAAGCACCAGGACCCCGCAGAGUUCUGGUCAAGCCCGAACGCUGAUAAAGAAGCGGUCGCGUCGCAGCAAGAGACGCAAACGAUUUUCUUUAUACAUCAGGCUAAUAUGUCGUGGGCGACUUUGUUGGAUCACACCAGGAAGCACCAAACUUCAGCUCCGCGCAGUGCGCAGAGUCAAGUGAGAACACCCAUGCGCAAACACGACCAUGCCCCUGUCAGGGAUUCCCCUCGUGUACCACAAGGACGAAGUUUUGAAAUUCGGCCAAAAGAAGUCAUGUUAGCUGAGAUGCACAAUAGAGAGUCACCACGAAAUAGUCGCAAUUACAGGAAAGAGAUUUGGUCUGCUGGAGACGAAACGUACUUUAGGCAGUUCGCGGAUGAAAGAUUAAAGAAGGAUUUUAAAGAUCAGGGACGUCGUAUCCGAGACAUGUUAUCUAUCGUGGAAAGAAGUCCGUCUGAUACGGAUGAGCGGAAAGAAAAGCCUGUUAAAGAAACAAUAAAACCGACUCCUCGCGUUGCAAGGGCUAAAAAUUUCUUCGAAAAUCAAGAUAAACCGCCAGAACCAAAGCCUAUCGUUAGAAGAACAAAAAGUAAUGAAUGGAAGCCGAAGCCUGCUCCUCAGGAAUCUGCUAAAAGGCCUGUACCUCCACCCGCAGAAAAACUUGCCUACGUGAAACCGAAACCUAAGGAGCCUCAAAACCAAGCGGAUCUGGUAAAAAUUGCUGUAGCUCAGCAGGCUGGACCGGUCAAACCGGAUUUACGUAUCAGACCGCGCUCAAUCUCUGCACCCCCUCAAGAAUUGCCUUAUAUUCCUCCACCUGAUUAUAAACUGCCUCGUGAAAAACUUGGAUACUUACGCCAUGUGACUCCAGGACCUACACAAGUGCUGCCAGAGAACUUCCAGGUUGAAGAUGUAAAUCUGAGACACAUCUAUCGCUCCGGUUCCUCCACUCCAACCCAAACCCCGCGCUACUCUCACCUGCUGCGAAAGACUGGGAAGAGAGGAGAGUUGGGGAUAGCAGAUGACGACGACAAUAGUGACGUAACACGUAUAUCUUUUAAUGUGCCUUUGAUUGGCGUGACAUAAAAGUAACGGUUGCGGGCUCAAAGUCCUAAGAAGUUACGUCUAGUCUUUCCCCCACGCAAGAAAUGAUUGACAAUUAAUUUCCCCUGACUAGAAUCAACUUUAUCCUGUGAACCCAGCUAGAGGGUUUUAUUUAUUAAAUUUACAGGGGAAUGUGCUGGAAUAUCAGAGGGAGAUUAGGCAGUUAGAUGUUGGUUAAAAAGGUAACAGAAAAAAAGUCAAAUAAAAAUAGGUAAAGUCUCAAGACCUUUCCCAAGACCCCAGUCUCUAAAGUGAACUGGGCAAGUUUAAAUGUACUGAUAAAUGUACUGAUAAAUUAAAUAUAUUUAUGCCUAGUUUUUUCGUGAAAAGGACAGUUACUGUCCUACUGCUAGUUCAGUGACAUAGUUUUUGUUAGAUUGAAUUGCAUUAGGCAUUGAACAACCAUAUCGUAAAACACGCGCAUUAAGGCAUCGUUUGUUCGGGAUACCAGCGUUAAUUUGUUUAGUUCAUCAAUAGUGGUUAUCAAAGCACUGAGGGUAGGAAGGUUCAAUUUUUCCGCACAUUCUUGCUGAACGAACUUUCAGUUAGAGUUUUUCAAAUUCAAUAACAAAAAAUUACAGACUGCAGAUUCGACUUGAGAAAGUUUGCUAUUAGUGUUUUUUCCUUUAUCGUACAGAUUAUAUAUUUUUUGCCAUUUAUUGAGGUUGUAAAACUAACGCUGGUCUCCAAAUAAACGUUGUAACUGGGGCGCGUUUAAAAGUGAAUGCUCCGGCGUAGAAUUAUGAUCAUAUACUUAUUUAGUUUCCUUUCAUUAUGACUUCUUAAUCAAAUACUGAUACUUGAAGAGCAGUUUUUCAAUUGGUUGUCGAAAAACCAAAACCAAAAGUAUCCCAUCGACCAAUCAGAACAAAGGUUACAUUGUUAUUAGCCAAUGAGAACUGA